AUUAAAUGAAAAUGGGCUGGAGUCAAGCGAUCAUAGGAUUUUUAUUGAUAUACUGAUGCUCUUGUGCUGUACAAAAGCAAACCUCUGCCACUAAUGUAGUCAAUGCUACUUAUUUUGUCAAUGGAGUACCUAAAGACUGUGAUGUUGGUGCUAACAGUCAUGUAAUUGGGUUUUAUUGUGCUGAUCAAAAAUAUUUAUUCUUCCAUAAAAUCACUGAGUUCUUAAAUGGAGAUCUUUCAACCCAAUCAACUGUGAGAAUGAGAGAUAGCUACACCACAGCAAAAGUUCAUAGAGGAAGAGGAGACUACUUCGUUACUUCCACUUUAGGAUUAAAUUCAAGCUGGGCUUUAACAACCAUUUAUUCAAAUGUAGUUCUUACUCAACACUGGAAAAUGAAUGAUCAAAUGCCCCUGAACUUUGCUUUUGAUGACAAGCUCUUUAUAAAUAUUGCAAGAGAUGUCGGCACAAAUAUAAUUUAUUGGCACGUAGGUCUUUUAGAUAUUUCAAGUACCAGAACUGAAAAUAAGACCCUCAAUGAGCCUGUAGGAAUAGACUUACGUGUAAAGGACACUUCUACCUAUGAUGGUGUUCUUUACUAUACUUUUUAUGUAUCGGAUACUUCUUCUUACCAACUAUACAAGCGAGAUAUAAGCUCUUCAUUUGAAUAUAAUGGAGGUUUUAUCUACACCUCCAUAGGUGACAACUGAGGGAGUGUAAUUGAGGCUAGCACUCAACUGAUUGCUGUAUCUUGUCCAAGCUCUACAGAUCCAACCUCUUCCAUCAUCACUAUCUUGAAAGAAUCAGAUCUCUCCAUCAUCCACACUCAAGCAUCGACUUCGAAUACUUUUUCGAUUGGAAACAAGAUACAAAUUGUUAGCUUCAGUGAAUAUCAUCAAAUAUUCUAUAACUCUAUGAAAGCAUCUACAGGAACUUUGGGUCAGAUUAGUUUGGUAGAGAUCUUAUACAACAAAAGGGACUCCUCAGACUUUAAAAUCAAGCUGACAGAAGAAGCUAUUUCAGACGAUACUUAUAAUACCUUUGGAAAAUACUUCAGUGCUUUUCUAAAUGGAGUUACAAAUAAAUUUUAUGUUUCGAGCUACCUUAGUGAUACUACUAGCACUGUUGCUCAUGAGAUCGAAGUAGCUAGCAUGUGUAACUACCAGCAAACUUACUCUAGCGGGACAAAGCAAUGCCAGGCUGUGAGUGCAGGGUCUGUUGCUCUUGGAUUUCAAGCAACUUCAGCUACAACUUGUGCUGGGAUUGAUGAUACUGUCGCUUUCAACAGACUCAUUGGUGAAACCCUUUGUGAUUAUGGGUGUUCUACCACUCAGUUUGGAAAGAACUGAGAGUCAUGUUCUACUUACAUGACAAGGAUAGGAGAAGCUGCUCCUUCUGGUUUCUCUUGGGAUGACUCUACUGCAAAUAAAUGCAAACUUAUUAGUGAUACUACAGGAGAUCCUUAUUGUACAGAAUAUUUGCAUUGUUCUCAAUGUAUUUAUUCAGGAGCAUGAGAAUACACAAAUUAUCAAUGCCAAUCUACUAGCCAGAACCUUGAUACAACUCCUCCAAAUAUUUAUAGCCAAUGAUUCACAAAAGGGGUAAAAGAGCAUCCAAUUCUUUACUGAGGAGCUUCUAUCAUAGACACUUCUUCAUCAACAACUUUCUCUCCAAUACCUACCAACACAAAUAUCCCGAAAGGAAUUCUGUGUAGAUACUUCCUCUCAGCCGAUUCUUCAAAGACCUACACUUACACAAUAACUGCACCUGCUUCAACAACGGUUUCUCUUGAAAAGAAGCAAGGAAGUACUACCUCUAUUGUCCCUUCUUCGAGAAGAGCUCUUCAUGGUAGAGAUCUUUCUUCUACUACUACUUUUACAGUUUCUUCUGCAGACUCAGUUAAUAUACUGUAUCUGGCCACAGCUAGCCAGACUUCAUCCACUCUUGGAAUCUCUUUUAGUGCGACUACAGUGACUUCUGGAUCUGGCAGUGGUUCUGGAUCUAGUGGGGAUUCUGGAACAGGGUCCUCUUCAAAUUCGGAGCCAAGUAGUAAUAAAGAUACUGAUUGGUUGAUAAUCCUUGGAGCCUCAGUCUUGGCUUGAUGAUUAGUCACAAUUGUUUGUAUAAUCUUCCUUUAUUGUUGAUUAAAAAAAAGACACAAAAAAGAACAUAUUAAAGUCACUCUUAAUGAUAGCGGAUUUGAAGAAAUGCAAGGAGCUACUAUUGACGAACUUCCAAGAUUUGUGAGAGAAAAACUUAAUAAUUGUAGAGAAAUGCAGUAUCGUGAGAAAAAUUACGUUUCUACAAACCGAAAAUGAAAGAUCUGCCUUGAUGAUUUUAUUACAGGUGUUUCUAUCAGGCUAAUCCCAAAAUGAGGCCAUAUUUUCCACUCAGAUUGCCUCAAGACAUCCCUCAAACUCCACCACAGUUGCAAAAGAGAAUACAAAUGCCCAGCUUGCCUGAGCCAAAUAGUUUAA